AUGAGAAUAUUUUACGUCCGGUUCCUCUUUCUCAUUUCCGGUUGCACCGGAAUUUCUCGAUCGGAAACAAGGGAGUACGAGAAGACUAGGAGUUUUCUAAGAGAGAAGAGGCAUCUCCUCUUUCCCGAUCCGAAGGACAGCGAAACUAAAGUACAGGUGCUUUUUGGUCUUGGUCUACCAAUGGAGGAGGAUAUAUCUAUGACUCUUGGUUACGUGUUGAAGUGUAAUUACGAUCUACCAUACAAUUCGUCGGAUUUCACAAGAGCUCACGCACGAUUUAAAAAGUUCACCGACAACGUUCUACCGCAGGGUGAAAAACCGGAGCACCGAGGUUUGAGUCGUUGGACCCUAUACAGAAUGUUGGAAUCAGCUAUGGAAAGGUUCGGAUCCGGUAAGGCUUGUUUACUCCGGGCCGUUUGCGAAUCAGCGUCGAAUCCCUUCGAAAGAGGACACGGACUCCUCGGGGAACUUUUGCACGUCCUUCUUACACCUUCAACAACAUUUGAAGAAUACGAAAUUUACUCGGAUCGCGAAUACUUCGCGGCAGAAGCUAUCGGCCGAAAUUCCAAUGGGAAAUGUGGAUACUUUUAUACCGAGUGCCAAUACAAUCCGUUAGAUUAUUUUACAACCAUUGGCGAAAUGUUCUUCGUACGUGAACGUCCCUGAAUGCUAGAGUACAAAC